AUGGCGAUCGUGAGGACCGGAGCCGGCGUCCGGCUCCCCAGGCUUGACGGCGGCGAGGAGGCCUCGCCGGAUGCCACGGAGGACGAUGAGGAGGAGGAGUCGCGGGCCACGCCGUCGCAGGAGUCCGAGGCCGACGGCUUCUCCGCUGGCGACGAGGACGAGGACGACGACGACGACGACGACGACGAGGACAACGGUGGUGGCGGCGGAGGGGAGGAGCCAGAGGAGGUGGAGGAGGAUGAGGAAGAGGAGGAUGAGCCCGAGGAAGAGGAAGAGGACGAGGGGGACUCAGGGAUGGGCUCCGACGAGCUGGACGUCGCGGAGCUCGGCGAGCCUGGCGCGGAGAUGUGCCAGGUCGGGGACCAGAGCGUGGCCGUGCCGCUGGAGCUCUAUGACCUCACCGGCCUCGGCGAUGUGCUCUCGCUCGACGCCUGGAACACCCUGCUCAGCGAGGACGAGCGGCUGCGCCUCGCCGCCUUGCUGCCCGACAUGGACCAGGAGACCUUUGCACGCACGCUCGUCGAGCUCCUCGCGGGGCAGAACUUCCACUUCGGGAGCCCCGUCGCCACCCUCUUCGAGCACCUCAAGGGUGGGCUCUGCGACCCGAGGGUCAAUCUGUACCGCCGCGGCACCCGCUUCGUGGAGCUGCGCAAGCAUUACUACUGGCUGCAGAGCUACCACAACUCCAUGGUACGGGGGCUCCGGGAGAUCAAGGAUUGCUGGAAGGGCCGCGCGGGAUACAGCCUUGAUGAGAGGCUGAGGAUGUUGGACACGUUGAAGGCACAGAAGCAGCAGCAGCAGAGAAAAGCUCUAGAUUCGGCGAGGCGGGCUGGAUCGGAGACUGAUUCCGAGAGCAGGGGGUCUGGGGAACAGGUCUUAGCUCGGCUCAAGCAUGAUAAGAGUGGACAGAAGAAGGCAGGGAAGUUAGUGAAAGAGAAGUCGAAGGGGCUGCUGCGAGUGGGCACACCGAAAGGAGUGGAUGAGGAGUACAUGGGGGAUUCUGGCCACGAUGCUGUGGUGGCACUCUCUGAGCUUUCUCGUCAAGAUAAUAAUGUGUACAGGUAUGAUUCAGGCGCGCAUAGAGGGAAGCAUCACAGGAGCAUAGACGGCCUUUACUCGGAGGACCUAGGAUAUGAAAGGGAUUCGUCAAGAUCUCGGUUUCCAAGGCUGCUGCCCAAGCCAGUGAAGAAGAAGGAACUGGCUACGAGCUAUGAUGGCAAUCUGUAUGGAAAUAACUACAGUGAUAACCAUACUGCCUCUCCUUACUACUAUGGCAGGAAUCCCAGUGCUAAUCAGGGAGUCACCUUAGCAGCAGCAUAUGAUCCUCCAUAUUUUGACACCAGAAGGAAUGCAAGGUACUCAGAGAGAGACUGGGUACAAGGUGGAAAAGGUGUGCAUGCUAAUAAAGCUCAAAUGGGUGGUGAGAUGAACUGGCCAUCUGGUACCCACUCUGGUAACUUAGAUGACUGGCAGAUGGGGCAGUCUGCAGGUGAUUACAGGAGCAGGAAAGAUCAAGCUGGUUAUGGCCUGAAGGUUAAGUCCUAUAAAAGUAUUGAGCAACAGGUUAAUGAUGCCCGUGUUGGUUCUGACCCUAGAAGCAAGAUAUCACAAGCGAAGAUGGCAGGUAAAUCCAGUACACAACUAGAUAGGACUGGCCAGAAGCACUCCAGGAGCAAUGCUGUAUAUACUCAAAGUGAGGAGACAGAAUCCGAUUCAUCGGAAAAGUUUGAAGACGGCGGGGAAGUGCAUUAUCUCGAACGGAAGACAGAGCGUCACCAUUCUGGGUAUCAUAGACCAGCACAUGGUGCCAAAAAGUCAAACAAGCUUGCUAAAGUGGUCAAAAUGAACUAUCCUACUGCUGAUGCAGAUUUAGAACCCUCCCAGAGCAAAGGAUUCAAAGGGAAGAUUUCAGAGACUGGUUAUUUACGUGAUGUGGAUGUGAUGAUGACAGAACAGAUUAGUGAUGUCAUGAAACCUCCAGCAGCAAGUGGUGAAAGGAAACGGAAAGGGGUGACAAAUCUGGACAUGCAUGUUUAUGAUAACUCCGAUCUGCAUGAAGUCGAUGAAAAUGCCAAUGACUCGUCCAGGUUGGCGGAGAAUGAAAGGCUUGCCAGUAGAUCAGGCCAUGCAGUCCAAGAUUCUAAUGGUGAUUAUGGUGGUACUGAAAGAGUCAGCUCCAGCUCCAAAAAAGCAAAAGGAAGAGUCGAAGUUCCUAGCCUGGAUGAGCAUGGUGAGCAUUUGUCAUCUGGCCCAAAGGUUGUUGAGAACAUUGGUGGAUCCAAGAAGAAAAGCAAAAAGAAGCCAGAGAGCAGCACCACGGAUGCAGUUGUUAUAGCAGAACCAGCUGCUACUGUACCCGAAAAUAUUGUGGUAACUGCAGAGCCUGAGAAGCCUGAGAAGGUUGAGAAGCCCAAGAAGAAGUAUGUACCGAUAACACCAACGAUCCAUACUGGUUUUUCGUUUUCUGUUGUACAUCUGUUAACUGCCGUAAAGAAGGCUAUGGUCACUCCUGCUGAGGGUACUCCAGCCACAGCGAAGCAACCAGAUGGAGAGGAGGGCGAAAAAUGGUUCAACAGUGAAGAAUGCAGCAAAACGCCUCAUCAAGAACAAAGUACAACAGAUCAAGCUGAACAGGUCCUUGAGGGUGCAAAUGCCAGUGCUGCAGAACAUGAGGGUGCAAAUGCCACUGCUGCAGAACAAACUGUACCAAUCAAUGCACCGGCGCUUACUGUUCAAGAGAUUGUCAAUCGAAUUAGAGCAAAUCCUGGAGAUCCUAGGAUACUUGAAACACAGGAGCCCCUCCAGGAUUUAGUUCGAGGAGUAUUGAAAGUACUUUCAUCUAGAACAGCUCCUCUCGGUGCAAAGGGCUGGAAAGCAUUAGUUGCCUAUGAGAAGUCAAACAAAAGUUGGUUCUGGGUUGGUCCAGUACCUUCUGUUUCAUCAUAUGAUGACCCCGAUGAAGAAACUUCUGCUGAAGCAUGGAGUAUACCGCACAAGAUGCUUGUUAAGUUGGUUGAUGCAUUUUCUAAUUGGCUAAAAAGUGGUCAGGAAACCCUUAAGCAGAUAGGUUCCCUUCCACCACCUCCACCACCAAAUCCUGCAAACUUGGAUUUGAAGGAAAGGUUCAAGGAGCUUAAAGCGCAGAAAAGUCUGAACACAAUAAGUCCAAGCUCAGAUGAAGCAAGGACAUAUUUCCAGCGUGAGGAAUUUUUGAGGUACUCAAUACCUGAUAGAGCUUUUUGCUAUACUGCUGCUGAUGGGGAGAAGUCUAUAGUUGCUCCCUUGAGAAGAGGAGGUGGAAAGCCAACAGCGAAAGCGAGGGGUCACCCCAUGCUCUUACCUGAUCGACCGCCACAUGUCACUAUCCUGUGUCUUGUAAGGGAUGCUGCGUCUAGGUUGCCUGCAAGAACUGGAACUAGAGCCGAUGUCUGCACACUACUCAGGGAUUCACAAUACCUAAACCAUGAAGAAGCCAAUAAAGAGGCUGCAAUUAAUCAAGUCGUCAGUGGAGCUCUCGAUCGUUUGCAUUAUGAACGCGACCCUUGUGUGCUAUAUGAUAAUGACAAAAAAUUGUGGACCUAUCUGCACAGGGGCAGGGAGGAGGAAGAUUUUGAGGAUGAUGGCACAUCAUCUACAAAGAAAUGGAAGAGACCAAGGAGGGAUAUCUCUGAUCUUGCAGAGCCAGGUGCAGCAAACGAUGAUAUUGAUGACGAUGGCACUGGCACCCCUUCAGCAAGCAAUGCAAAAAAACAAAAGACAGACCAUGGGGAUACAUUGUCAGGAGAAGCUAACGACGAGGGAAAUCAUCCAACUCAGAAUCCGUCUUCUGGUGGCCUGGAAGGUGAUCCUGAUCUUAAUGCUGUUCCAUCAUCAAAAAAUUAUGAAGAAUCAGGUGGAGUUGUUUACAAUGAUGCAACACCAGAUGAUGGUGGCUCGAAUUCAAUAGAUGCAAAACCAGGCAGCAGGGCUGAUGGCAAUACAGCAAGUUGGCAGUCACUCCCAGAACAGAAUAAAACCAAUACGGCGCUUCCUGAGAACACCAGCAUGGAUGCCACCCCACCAUGA